GAAGAAUGUCAUUUCGCUUUUGGAUUGUUUCUAUACUAAGGGACAUUUUAAGUUUAUUUGAAUAGUAGUUCAUAAUUAACUGUUAAUGCUUCUUAAAUUCUAUUAAAGGUAUCUGUCAUCUAAAAUAAAUGGAUAGUCCAUCUGACUUGGAUCUACUCUUGAUUGGAAAAACCGGAAAUGGCAAGAGCGCCACCGGAAAUUCCAUCCUGCGGCGGAGAGUGUUCAAGAGUAGCGCCUCCUGUUCCUCUGUUACCAAGAGAAUCGAUUACGAGGUCAGCGAGGUGAAGGGUCGUGUGGUCAAGGUCGUGGACAGUCCAGGUGUUGGAGACACUCGGCUCGUGAGCCCUGAGGCCAGGAAGCUCGUGAUGUACGCCAUGGAGUUCGCCGCCAACCCCCGGGGGUACCACGCCGCCAACCCCCGGGGGUACCACGCCGCCAACCCCCGGGGGUACCACGCCGCCAACCCCCGGGGGUACCACGCCUUCCCGUUGGUCGUCAAGUUUGGUGGUCGCUUCACGGGCGAGGAGCAGGACGCGGUGUGUUUCUUAAAAAAGAUUUUUGGAGAAAGUUUUGUGCGCGACUUUUGUAUCAUCGUGAUGACGGCUGGCGACAUGUUUUGUAACGAAGAAAAGGGAGACUAUUUUUUGUCCUGGUGCUCGAGACAGACCGGACCCUUUAAGGAACUUUUGGCAGAGUGUGAGAACAGAAUUGUCUUGUUCAACAACUUACACAAAGCUGAAGCAGACGUGAAGGACGAACAGCUGACAAAAUUGUUCAACAUGGUGGACCGUCUACGGUCGAGAGGGAAGAGGUACACGGAUGAAAAUUUCCAGCUGGCUGCGGAGGCAAGGAAGCGUGUCAUAAUAGAAUCUAAAGAGCCGGUGAUCCGUGAAGAAACGUUGAGAGAGACAAGUCUCAUCCUGCAGAAGCUUGAGACCAUCCAAAACUCGCAUGACGACAGAAGACAAGUCAGCCAGCUCGAGAACCUGCUAGUGAGGACUGAAGCUUUGCUGGGCAGUAUCUCACAUCUGGACCAGGGCACAGGGAUACUGCAUGAGCUCGUGCUGAAUGUCAAGGACAUUCACAAAAAUGUCUCUGACGAGAUCAAGUUUACGGUUCGCCUGCGUGCAGAGAGGGAGAGAUGUAAACAAAGAGAGGAGACGAUCAAACAGCAGGCUUUGUUGGAGAUAGAGAGACAGAGAGCCGAGCUGAGACGGUUCAUUGAAGAGGAGCAGCAGGCGGAAGAAAUCAGACGACAGGAGAGAGAGGCCGUGGAGAGGACGUUCAUUGAGGCCAUAGAGAAGGAGCGGGAGGCACAGAGGGAGAGAACUGAGGAGCUGGAGAGGAGAUACAGGGAGAUCAAAGGUAAAGCAGACGAGGGGAUCUUUACCAAGAUCACAAGGCUGGUGACCUGGCCCUUCAGGGCUGUAGGGUCUGCUCUAGCCAAGUUCUUUACAUAAGUUUCUUGUAGUGCAUUCGUUACAUAAGUUUCUUGUAGUGCAUUCUUUACAUAAGUUUCUUGUAGUGGAUUCUUUACAUUCCUACACGUCAUUUAGAUGGAACAUAUGCAUAUAUUUAAAACACUAUUCACAGUUUUUUGUUUCAUCAUUGACAAGUCUUUCAUAAGUUAAUAACUUAAUAUAGACAAAACAAUUAUUUCCGUUAGAAAGGAAAAUCUGACCGGGAAGUAUUGUUGUUUGAUUUCGUGUGAUUGUGGACAUUGUACUUUCAUUUUGUUGGUCGAAGUUAUGAGGAAAUAUUUUAUUUGUAUAUAAAAUAUAAUAA